GACUUAUAAUAAUAUUAUACAUAUUGAAAAACAGCUAUUUGCUUCCAUCCAAAUGCUGUGCUUCUCGAGUGACAGAUGUGUUAUUAAUUAGCUACUUGUUGUCAGGGUUACCAUGUUUCAUCAUAAUGGCUAUAAUUAUACAUGUACGUGAUACAGAUAAAUCUAGAAGUUCAUGAGCCCAAAAAAGCAUUUAGAAUUACAUGUAUACUGCAUUCUCUUCACAACACAACACAAACAGAUCUUUUUCGUUUAUCUUGACAAGUGUCACAAUCGUUCAUGAGCUCCUUGUAUCCUUCCACUUGUAGAGUAGUAUGUGUAAUAUUGUAUUUCUCUUUUACAAUCUUGGACGCCUCGUCAAGAACUGUGUGAGUGUCCAUCCCAGGCUCAAUGGCGAGGUGAGCAGCCAGUGCUGUCCUGGUGGUUGUCAGGGACCAUAUGUGCACCUAAUAGCAUAGGCUCCCUGCUAUGUAUACAUACACUCAGUCUCUGAGUCAUGUAUGGAAGAUCCUUAAUUCAGUUACAUUUUCCACCAAUUAUAUUAUAUGCAGGUAACUAUACGGUAACUAGGUUGUGUACUGACUGGGUGUAUGUGCAGGUACGUGAGAUGAGGUACCGGCAGCUGGUGGAGGAGUCUGUGGUGGUCAUUCAGAGCUAUUAUCGAGGCUGGAGGGUGCGGAAGUACUACAGAAUAGAGCAGGCAGCUCUCGUCAUUCAGAAGUACUUUAGAGGGUGGAGGGUUCGUAUGGAGACCAGGGUCAUGUUCACGGAGUGGGCGGGUCCAAAGGUAGCAGACUUCAUGUGGAGGGCACUGUGCUACCGAUUCUUAGUGAACGUGCAUCACAACCUUCCCUCAGACUCUCCCGUGGAUAAAAGGUGGCCACGUUUCUCCUUCCUCUUCGAAGAAGCUUCAGACCUGCUCAGAGUAAUCCAUCACAAGUGGAGGUGCAAGCAGUUGAGAGACUACUUCAUUCAAAAUCCACGAGAGAGGAAGAAAAUGAGCGAAAAAGCACGAGCCAGUUCUUUGUUCAGAGGAAAGAAAUCUCUCUACCCAAAAACAGUCCCGAUUCCAUUCAAGGUGGACAGACUCAACUUCCGUACGGAUGACCGGUGGGCUAGACUGGUGACACAGACUCAUGAGCAGAGGGUCAUCUGGGCGGACAACAUCAUGAAGAUCAACAGGAAAGACAUGAAGGGUGUACCGGCCAUGCUGGUGGUGACGGGCACCUCGUUCAUGGUGCUGGACCCUAAGACCAUGACUCUCAAGUAUAGAGUGGAGCUGCAGUAUCUCAGACAAGUCUCUCUGAGCACGUACAGCGAUCGCAUCCUCGUCCUGCACAUAGACCCGUACAAAGCGACGGACAGAUCGUUACACUAAAGGUGACUUCAUGUUCAAGUGCUCCAACUGCAUUGAGAUGGUCACAAAGACACACGCUGUCAUUCAAGAAACACUUGGCAGAAAACUGAAAGUUGUCAUCGAAAAUGAGUUCACAGCUAGUUUCAAGCAAGAUGAGGAGCCGUGCCAGCUGCGUUUCCAACACGACCCUCGUUCAGGCCACACCUCCCCCGUCUGUCGCAGGAAGGGCAGCAUCAUCAACAUUGUAGUCUGACACACAACAGGACUUAUAAUUACUGCCUCACAUUGUAAUUCUGUAUAACAAUUUUGAUACUAAUUAUUGACAAUAAUGUCAAUCACAAAAAACAUA